CAUCAUCCCAAUACCAUAAACAACAUAUAUAAUGGCAACAGUCGUGAAAUAAAACAACGAAUGGGACGCAAAUGUGACCAGAAUAACCAAAAUGGGUACCUUAGCGGACUGACGCCCUUCCUGAGCUGCAUAAUAUUCGGUAUCGUGGGAAGCAGCUUAAUGCUGAUACACGCAUUCGGAUAUGUAGGAUGCGUAGCUCUCGGUGAAGCCUUUGGUCCAAAGGCGCAAUUGGCGACGUUCUGCUACCAUACAAGACAGAUAAUUACCCUGUUUGCUGUUCUAGGCACAGUGCUGGCACUGAUAUCGGGAUUAUGCGGACGCAUGUCAUGCCUAUGGCAACAAUGGCUCAUAUCGAUAUUCUACUUCGUAGUAGCUGGCUAUAUCAUCGCAAACCAACUGGUAUUACACAGCAAGCUGGUGGUGCUAAUGCGAUUUGCAGCAGUUAUAGCAGGGCUGUCUGGUAUGGCACAAACGUCAGCCAUAUACUGUAUGACCGACUGCGCAAUGCCAGGAGAGUCGUUCUAUAGCAUCAGCAGAAUCACAUCAUUCUUCGUAGGAUGCACGUUCGCAGGACCCAUGGUAACACUAUGGAUACUAGCCAAACGGUACUUUGAAUCAGAUGUCGUCAUAGGGUCCUAUGGACGCAUAGCACAAACGUGCGAUACACUGACACUAAUGGCCUGCCUAGCAGGGGUAUGGAGCGCUAUAGCAGCAUCAGUGACGAGCUAUCUGUACUUCUCAAUAGACACCGUAUUCGCCAUAGAGUCAGCGCCGUGGUUCCCACUCUUCGUGAAAUCGCCCUGCCAACUCACAAGGGAAACUUUGAAAAAACACUUAAAGACGUUAUAUAUGCCCUUGUUGUGGACUGUUAACCCCUUGUUCGUUGCACUGGCCAUCGGUGUCACACUGAACUCGACCACGUCGUUAAAGCUCAUAUUCUGGCAGUAUGUUAUCUAUGUGAUAUUCGCGGGCAUAUCGGUGACUUUGGGUUACCUAGUUUACGGAGCUCCAGAUUGUGAAAAUGAGCAAGGAUUCAAACAAAAGGUGCUCAAAACAAAUGAAUUGACUUGGCUACUUCCAGAUGAAGAAGACCCGUAUAGUAAAAAGUGCAGAAACCUAAUGUUCCCAGGCGCCCAGUUGAGGUCCAAGGCACAUAAACCAAUGAAUAGAUGCUCGUUCCCAAGAGUAGGUCGCAACACACAAUGGAGACAACUUAAGGGUGAUCUGUGGUCUGAAUGGCAAAAACACGAUGCAACGUAUCUACUCUGCCAAGAGCCCGUACACAGCAUCUACGAUACACUAGACACGCUGUUCUGCCUAGAAAUCACGGACUUCUACGAUAACGUGGGACCCAUCAUGCACCAAUACAGGGCGUUGGUCAACUGUACAGGGCUUUUGCACGAGUACCCCUUCACUAUAGAUCCGACAUGGACACCGUUGCAACAACUACAUCAAAUGCUAAUUCACCAGAGAAUGGUACUCAUGGCACAGUUUGAACGGACAGGAAAGAUGUAUACUGAGGAAUUGAGAUCAAGGCUGUCUACCACCUCUUGUGGGUUCCUGGAACAACUGACCACCUUGACAUUCUGCUGCCUGUCUGGUGUCGAGGGGAUUAGGAACACGGACUACCUAAAUGUGACCUCGAAAAAAGAACCAAGCAAAGAUUGCCCCGACUUGUCUAAAUUUGCCAAAAAGAUACCGCAUUGUAUCUGCUGUGGUAUAGAUGGGAAGAAUACGAUCCAUCAAUACCUUGCUAGCUCCAUUGAGUCGUCAGCACAACUGUGUGAAAAGAUGAUAGAAGAUAUGCAUGCCGAUGUAUAUCUACAGGAUACACCGGGAAACCCCGAUUACGGUAAAAUAGAUGAUGAAAAGCGGAUUGUUUGCGUACUAAGGGACUAUUGCGAGUCUAACCUGCUGAUAAUCAUAUCGUUGCUAUUUGUGGAAGAGUAUUUGCUAUUGUACGAAUGGCUAUGCAAACUCUCCUGGUAUGUGCGCGAUAUGGAAAGGAGGCUAAGUCAAAGAACUAAGUGUACCGAACAUUGCGAGGAUAAGUGCUCUGAUUCUAAUAAAGACUGUAUCUGGGACCAACUUAGACGCACAAUACCUGAUAUAUGCAGAAUGCUUCUCAAGAUGCAUGAUUCAAAAAUCCAAUUGCUACUCCAAGUCAAAAGUGAAUCCAUAUGUUGUUAUGGACCAGCUAGACCAGAUCUCCUGAAAGAUGAGUUGGAGCCAUGUGUUCUUUUAGCUGUUACCAGGUUGAUGGUCAUCAUUGUGCUGGCAUUGGUAUACCUGCUUGAUCUUGAGGAGUGCAUAGAGGGUAAGAAAGUACUGCAAAAACAAAAUGUCCAUUAUGAUGGAAUGAUAUACCCAGUUAAGCCACCACAAUGUAAAGAUGAGGCAUACGACUUGAAACUUUCUGCGAUGAACUAUAUAUUGCAUGUAUUGUCACAACUGGAUACCUUUGAUGCAGAAUCAAUUACAAACAUCUUGGAUAACGUUGUUGUCUGGUAUGCCGGGUUCUGCAACAAUAUUUGGCAACUUUGUCCUGAAAUCGCUUUCGAAGAACGAUACAAUUAUGCAACAGAUAUAUACCAAGAUGAAGAGAUACGUGUGCCAGUCCCUACAGCCGAUGUUGUAGCACUAAUGCAUGGCAAUAGGGGCAUUCAAUCACUAUAUGAUAACAUGGGAAAGUUUUCUGACACGAUGACUAACUUGGAAAAAAGAGAGCGUAGUUGCGGUGAGAUAUGGGAUUCCACAAACUGUUAUAAAGAUUCAGACAAGAGUGAUUGUGAAUGUGAUGAAGAGGGGACCGAUGAAAAGGACCGUUGUCUAUGUUCAAAUGAUUUCGGUGUAGUUUCAGAAGAUAUAAAGAGCUGUAAUGAGAACAUAUGUGACAAUGUUAAAGCAUUAGUUACUAGUAUAACUACUGCUUUGAGCUGUACAACAGAAGCAAUGGAUUGUCAAGAUGCAUUGUGCAAAUCUAUAUCUAAUGUUGAUCUGAACUCGCUCGAGAUACUAUGUCCAGAUGAUAAAGGUGAUCAAGAUGAUUCGAAAACUGAUAAAUGUUCUGAAGAGGAUACAAAACCUGAAAAAUGUGAUGAAAAUGAAUCGGAAGUUUCACGUUUUGGAUAUUUGGUCCUGACUUGUCUCAAAUUGAUAGAUUAUUGGAAUUUUGAAUGUUGCUGUACGGAACAUGAAAAAUGGAAUUGUGGGUGUACUGCGUAUGCAAAAUGUUUACUGCAGUGUGAGCCUAAGUCAUUCAUUGUUAAACUCCUUAGAUAUUGUUUCGGUUGUUCAAAUUGUUGUGAAGUUAAAAACAAUGUGCUAUGCACAAAGAUACCAUGCUUUUCUCUUUUGUUUUUGUACAACCUACACGAUCAGCUAGGUACUAAGAAAAAACUACCGAACUGUAGACGCUGUCCAGAUAAGAAGAUUAACACUGAAAUCCUUCCACCAUGUACAUCGGAAUGCACGCCUUGUAUGCAUUUGCAAUAUUUAGGGGGGGGGUUAGUUGGGAUGUGUUGUUGUGCUAGUCGAUGGCGGAGACUACUUAGAUGCUAUGUAUACUGUGAAGAAAAUUGCCAAGCGUGUACAAAGAGUAAAAAGGGCAAGGUUCCUAAUGAAUGUAAGUCUGAACAUUGUCAGAAUAACCAACAAUCGGAGGGUUUGCCUACUCACGGAUGUGACUUGAUGCGACUUUGCUCUUCCUUGUUCCAUUGCGAAGGGUGUUCUAAGCCAUCACAAGAAGCUGCCACAGAAGAAACUCAACCCGCAAAACUACAUUGCGUAUGUAUAGACACAGCACCUUGGUCAUAUGGUAGCAAGGCUGCUAUCAUUGGUGACAAGCCUUGUGAACACCGCUUAGGCUGUGCCUUAAGCAUCCUUAAUCAAGACCUUUCAGCUUUCAAGCACAAUGCUUGUGUAUUUAACACCCAAAUAAAUUGUCUGGUUAAACAAGCUAAGGAUAUCAGUAACAAUAUUGAUAAUGUGAACGAAGCACUUGGAUGUUUGUCGUCUCUUUUGUGUUAUGCCCAUUGUGGAGUAGAAAAAAGACGAGCGCAGCUAAAGGAACUAUCAAGAGUCCCUGAUGCGAUAGGGGAACGAUUUCCAUGUUACGCUGAAACUAUUAAAGAUAUAUGCUAUAAGGACGUUAGUGUUGUAACUAUGAUUAGGAGGUUGCUAUUUGCCUGCUAUGCAAGAAUUCAACACCAAAUUCUGUUCAUCUAUGAUAUCGAUAGGACACUGAUGUCAAUAUUCGCACAAUGCUACCGAUUGUUUACGAUCAAUAAAAAUAUUAGCAUUAUAAACGAAAUCAUGUCGAAGAAUUGGGUCCUGCUGCUCAACUUCAAAGGAAGCCAAACUGAAGGAUAUACAGAAAAUGACUUAAGUUCAGGAGAAGGAUCGUGUUACGCUGGUGUAAAAGAAAUGGUGAACACAAGUGAUUGUAGCAACACGGCUAUAGAUGCACAUAUUGACGUUGGUGUAGAGUCGAAGACAUCCUUUGUCUGCUUCAAGUAUAUAUGGGUGUUCAUAUGCUUUACAGCAUUGAUAAAGUUCUUCAACUGGUUCGGUGUGGAGAAUACAGUCAGUGAGUCCAAAACCAUGCUGACCUCAAUCACAGUGCUCAGUGCGGCACAGCUGGCCUCCGCAGUCAAGGCUAACGCCUAUAACGCCACAGCACCUAAAGGUACAGGAUGCAGUACCGGAACUAAGGUUAACCUCGUAAUGCUUAUGGGAAUGCUUACUAUCCUACUACUGUCAUGGAUAUCGAAUAUAAUAAAUGGAUAUUGGCAGAUAUCAACCUCCAUGACGUACAUAACACAAAAAAUGCGCCUUAUAGGCUUCUUUGAUACUGUAAAACCACCGACAACGCAUCUCAUCAUGCGAUCACUGUCAGAUACGACGAAAACAGAUGCCAAAGGACUAUUGAAAUUUUGGGGAAUCAAGAAGAUGCCUGAAGUUCUAAAUAGUUCUACCAUGGCACAAGUAUUCGGGACGAUACUUUUCGUCUCUGGUAUUAACCCCUUUAGGUUUACCGAACAACCAAGCAGAUCACGAACUCUGCACGAGUUCAUGGCAAAGCAAAUGGGAAGAUCGGUAAAAAGUGUAGAGGCAGUACUGGAUCUGGUGUCAUUUCUACAAAUGUGCCCAGAUGCGGUGCAAAUGCUCAAUAAAAGCUCCUCAAAAAACAAAGGCACGGAAGUUGACCUAGAAAUGCUAUUGGGUGCCUGGGAAUCAGAAACACACCUUAUUGAUGAAACCAUGCGGUCAGUAGCUAUACACCAAGACGUACUAAAAGAGCUCAAACGAGAUAUGGUACGAAUGGUCAACAAAAUGCCAAAUCACCACUUUGCAUCCCAAGUAUAUGAACUAUGGAAUGUUUAUUAUAAUGGACAAUUAAGUACAAUGGGAUUUAAAGUUAUCGCAAAUAAAUCGCGAUUACAGAUAUUAACAAGAAAGCAAUUUGACCUAGAGAAAUAUUAUAUCGCACAGCAAUAUGUAGCAGACUGGGAUAUGUUCUGCACAUGGCUGACAAAAUGCUCCAUAUACGCGAAUGGUUUGAUGAAAUACGAUAAACAAGGGAGUACGUCAACUGAAGAUAAAGAAAGGGCUUCAUUGGUCAAUGAAGGCAUUAGCGCUCCACAAUAUAACUUGAGUCAGGAACAAGAUUCUGAUCACGAAGGUUCUGUACUCAGGAAAUUCGUGGAAUCCACAGAUUUUGCAAGUUUCAACGUUUGUGAUGCCUACUCUCCAGAAGGCGAUUUUGAAGAUAUAGAUGCGGGAGAGGAACACAAAGACGUUGAUAAAGAGAAACAAAGUAAAAUUAAAGUGAGUCCAAGAUUCCUUUUCUCGUAUGACUUUUGGAAUUGGUUCAAACACUUUGAUGCAUUUAACCCUACGGGAGAUUUCAAAUAUAUAGACGAUGUAGUAGAACACAGAAGUGUUAAGAUAGACCCUGUUGAGUCAAAAGGCCAGGAGUCGUUGCUAGGCUCGGUAAGCUCGAAACACAAAGUAAGCGGACCACACCCACUCGACUGGUUUAUGGCAAACGAGGCCAACACACAAUGUUUGAAACUAUUCAGGAAUUCUGGAACCUACAUCAUGGAACAUGAAGAUGGUUACAGUGAAACGCGCGCAUUGGAAUAUGGACGCGUAUUCGAGAAAAUAGACAAAGAACACGUACUAUUGACAAGGGCUGAUGCAUGGAAAAACAACAAGCUCGAGUUCUGCACAUAUAUGGACAGUGAAGAAGCUACAUGCAAAGAAGCCGUUAUGUCAGCAUACAAUAAAGCGGUAGAAUUCGCAAAUCGGCAGCAUAAUACCGAAUAUAAUCUACUGGUGCUAUUCUUCAAAUUCGUGUUCCCGUCAUACGCUGGGUUUGACGCGGUUAACACGAAGCUAAAGAACAAAGAAGAUACAAAGGAUCCUCUCGAUACCAUCAGCUUGUACAAAGCGCUUCACAUUGUACCCAAUGCAAACUCAGAUGUCAAUGAAACUGCUGAUGAUACUAGCAUCAUGCGCACGGAUCUGGUCAACCCAAGUGAAGAGAUAUGUGAGGGCACGCCACAAAAAAAUCUCAGACUUAUAGGCCACUGGUGUGUAUUCAACCCAGCGCCAAUAACACAAAGCUGUGUCCAGCAUGUUUUAAUGUAACGUGGCACUAUCACACGAACCACCGUUUGUAAUACACGUGACGAGAACACGCUCGUAAUA